AUGCGUUUUUGUUAUCUUUACUUCUGGAACCCGUCGCAUCUUGUUGGGCUCUGUCUAUAUCCUCCCAGCCAGCCUGCCAUCGUCUAUGCCGACUUCUGUGACGUGGUGGAGGAUAUCUUCUCAUCUUCUAACUUCGUGGAUGACGUGCUUCUCUUCGGUGAUUUUAACAAACCUGAAGCGGACUGGGGUGAACUUGAUUCCUGCGAAGGUGAUUCCUCUUCAAACUACCUACGCAACUUAGCUUCUACUCACAACCUCUCCCAAAUCAACAAAAUCCGAAAUCGCAGAGGUGUCUACCUGGACCUCAUUUUUUCAUCUACUCCUACAACUGCAGUUAUCGGCGCUGACGACCUUCUUGUUGCCGAAGACAUUCAUCACCCUGCGCUCUCCUGCUCAAUCCUGCUGCAGAAACCCUCAGCCUCGAGCAACGUCAGGAUCGUACCUGACUUCAGAAAAUGCAACUUGGACGCUGUAUUUCGUGAUCUGCAGAGUGUUAACUAUCCUUCACCUUCUUCUCUACCUGAUACCGAAUCUGCCUUCUCUGAUUUCUGCGACCACCUUGGCUCAAUCAUAUCUCAACAUACACCCACAAAACAGCUUCAAUCCUCAAGCUUUCCUGCCUGGUUUACCGAGGAACUAAAACGACUUGUCUUAAGGAAGAAAAGACUCAAGAGCAGUCCAUCCCCUGCUGCUAAACUAUCAUUUGAUGGUAGAGAGGCUGAGAGUGCUGCCGGAAAGUGUGAACUGUUCUCAAACUACUUUUUAUCCGUCUUUACGGAGAACCAAAUUCCCUCGCCCGUCUUCGACUUUGGCUGGAACGUCUCCAUCACUAAAUGUGUCGUCACUGCCUCAGACGUUCAGAAACUCAAACUUGCCUCGCUUGACCCUAAUAAGGGAGCCGGUCCUGAUGCUCUUCCUCCGUGCGUUCUUAAAUACUGUGCCCCUAUUUUGGCUCCUCAUCUGGCUAUCUGGUUUACAUCCCUGCUCUCACUUGGAAUCUUCCCAUCGGCCCUUAAGCGUGGCUUUGUCGUCCCCAUCUUCAAAUCUGGCGAUCGUUCAAAUGUCAAAAGCUAUCGGCCCAUUGUCAUUCUCUCUGCUGUUGCCAAGGUGUACGAGAGCAUUGUUUUGGACUACCUCUAUUUUCAUCUCCGUAAAUGUAUCUCUUCCUCUCAACAUGGCUUCCUGCGCUCACGCUCAACAGUAACAAACCUGAUGGAGUUUCAAGAAUACGUCAUACGUCUCCAAGUUAACUGCGUUUACCUUGAUCUCUCCAAAGCCUUUGACAAGGUCAAUCACAACAUCCUUGUAGCAAAGCUUGCCGGAUAUGGUGUGGGGGGGGUGCCCUGCUUGAGUGGUUAA